AUGAGUGAUAAGUUAAUUUUGAAUAAACUGGGGUUGUCCGUUGAGAUUAUACUAAGUUAUUUGAAGAAUAGAAUUGGCGAGUAUAGAGUCGAUGAGUUUAGUAAGGAAACAAAGUUAGUGACCGUCAAAUUGGUAUUGAAUAAGCAGAUAGAAGUUAAACAAUUAAAAAUAGUUGUUGUAGAGAUAGAAGUCGAUAAGGAAUGUAUGGUAUCAGUUGUGACUAAUAGCGAAUCAUUAGCGCAAAGUAUUUUCAAUUACCAUGACGAUCUAAGUAUCUCGAGUGAGCUACAGUUUCCUUUGAACCAUUUGGAAAACGGUGACUAUGAAUCCCAGUAUACUAUAAUAGAUGCUAAGUUGAAAUUACCAUUAAAAUUAGGGUAUGUUGAUGUCCAGGACGAAAAGCGUAAUGCUUCUGGUGAGAGUCGUGAAUUGAAAGAGGCAGGUAAUCAGUCUUCGUUAUACCCUUCAACUGACCUUGAUAUAGCUGAUAACCCAACCUCGAGGAAAGGGGAUUGGAAUCCAAAACGUCCUGAUGAUAUGCCCGGUUUUGAAGAUGAGUAUGAGAUUAAAGAUAAUACAAGGACUCCGUUCAACGACAAUAGAUUUCCAGGACUAAAUAUACAUCCACCUAAUGCUCAAGGAUAUGGUGACAAAGACCUGUAUCCCGGUGGACAGAAGUUCCCUGAUUUUAAUAACCCUGUUGGGGGCAUACUUGAAGAUCCAACUUAUUUACGGGGACAAGGUGGUAUGGCCUUCGAUCCUAAGAUCAGACCAGGUGAUUCAAGAAACAGGGGACCAGGUUAUAUCUCCGGCUCGAAGUAUGAUGAUCCAUUAGGCAAUCAUUCUGAUGCAACUGAUGGUUUUAAUAAUGAUAAUUCAGGUGGCCCUGGUUUUGGGGGUCCCGGUUUCGGAGGUCCUGGUUUUGGAGCUUCUGGUUUUGGAGGUGGAUUUAUGUAA